AUGGAUAAUAACGAAUAUUUAACAGAAACUGAACGUCAACUUCUAAAAGAACCUCCUUAUGAUCUAACUCUCCAAAUUGAAGAGUUAACAAAGCCUUCCAAGAAAAACAAAAAUAAACUUGAUAAACUACCACGGCCACAAAACAGUUGGAUCAUUUUUCGAAGAGAUUAUCAAGCAAGUUUACGUUGUCGUAGUCCUAACGCCAGACAAGAAGUCAAACAUACGGCUCAAGAGUGUAGCCUAAUAUGGCGACAACUGUCAAGUGAGGUCAAGCAAUUCUUCAAAAUAUUGGAGAAAAUAGCUUGUGAGAAUCAUAAGUGCAUAUAUCCUAAUUAUAAGUAUAAACCAAGAAACCCGAAAGAUUCCAACAUUAAGAAAUGGGUUUUUCGCGAACAAAAGAAAUACACGUUACCCAUGUCCAGCUCAAUGAGUGACAACUUAUCUCAAGAGAUCGUUAGGUCUCACUCUUUGAAUGAAACAAUAUCAACCAUCGAAUAUAAUCAUACUAUUAUCACCGAUUCAACAAUUAUUGAUGAUACUCAUCCUUCCACAAUUAAUAAUGCCGGAAAUUCGGUUAACAACGCGUUUAAUGAAAUAAUUUCAUUGGAUCAAUUUCUUUUAUCCGGAAAUGUUGAUAUUGAAGUUAAUAAUGUGGAUUCAGCAGACAUUGAUGAUAUACAUCUUUCCACGAUCAAUACUAAUAAUGAUGUCGGAAAUUCGUUUAACAACGCGUUUAAUGAAAUAAUUCCAUUAGAUCAAUUUCCUUUUUUAUCCGGAAAUUUUAAUAUUAACGUUAAUAAUCAUGCGGAUUCAAAAAACCUUUGA